AUUCAUUAUUCAUUUAUAAAUUAAUCAGGGAGGAGGGAAGAAGGAAGCGGGAAGAUCGAGGUCUAGUAAUUGGAGGACGACAGAGGCGGAGAGUACUACCACUAGAAAGAGAAAUAUCUCUCGAUCACAGGACCGGAUUAUUGGGGGUGAUCGAGCUAGAGUUAAGAGCUAGAUAGAGGACCACAUCAGCAAACACCGAGACAACCGGAGGAGGACGGUGAAACGGAGAGAGAGAGAGAGAGAUGGAGACGGCAAAUAAGCCAGCGAGACUGGUCAGCCGCCGGUUGUCGUCAUCGUCAUUCCGGCUUCACUCACCCAGCCUCAACAGCAUCCGCCUGCGUCGCAUCUUCGACAUCUUCGACAAGAACGGGGACGGCGUGAUCUCAGUGGCCGAGCUAAACCUAGCCCUGGAACUUCUCGGCUUGGAAACCGAACCCACGGAGAUUGAAUACAUGGUACGCUCUUAUAUAAGGCCCGGCAACACUGGCCUCGCCUUCGAUGACUUCGUGUCCUUGCACCAGUCGCUCGACGAGACCUUCUUUGGGAACAACAACGACGAGGACCACGAUCUUCUUGAGCACGCUGACGACGACAAUACAUCUGGUGGUGGCGGCGGAUCUAGUAGCCCGCAGGAGGAGGCGGAUCUGACGGAGGCCUUCAAGGUUUUUGACGAGGACGGCGACGGUUUCAUCUCGGCCCAGGAGUUGCAGGAGGUCCUCAGGAAACUCGGGAUGCCGGAAGGUGGAGACAUCUGUCGAGUUGAGAAGAUGAUCUUCUCCGUUGACCGCAAUCUGGACGGACGCGUGGAUUUCCAUGAAUUCAAAGACAUGAUGCACAGUGUGAUGGUUCGUAGCUAGUUGGCCACCUCUUCAAUCUACCAUUCCCCUACCAUUAAUCGAUCAAUCCCCUUCCUCGUUCCUCCUCCAGUGUUAAUCUAUGCAUGUACGAACACGGUGCACGGCCACCGAUCAGCUAUCAUUCUACUUUUCUUUA